AUGCAUGGAUACAUUUCAGAUCUGCCAAACAUUUGCCGUUAUCUAGGGACAUUAAAAGCGGUUCCAACACUGGAUAAACUAUCCGUUCUUAUCGGGGAAAAUAUAGACAGAUACACUUGCACACAAUUGGCACAUAUCGCAUAUGCUUACGGAAACUGCAGACUACACUCAAAGUACCUAUUCGCACUGCUGGCGAAACAAUUACAGGAAAAGAUACAAUACGCAUCAAACCAUGAUCUGACCACGAUUGCAAAUGCAUUCGGAAAAUCCGAGGCAUUCGCUCUAGCUAAACAUCGCGAUAUGGAACUGUUCAACAUUCUAUCGCAUAUGGCAAAGGUCUAUCUGAACAGUCAAGAUCUCAACAAUGUAGCCGACCCAGAGAUCUCAACAAGGGUGGUUAGGGCAUUCUGCACUCUCAAGAUAAACGACAUAACACUUUUCAACACGAUUCUGGAAAAUGUGGCAGAAAGACCAUACAAUUACCCACCAGCAUGGUAA